CACAAAAACAAAAAUUGCGGACCGGUAUUUUUUUAAACAAAUUUUGAUAAGGUCAUUUCUUGUUAUCGUGAAAUGAAUUGAUUUUUUAAUUAUAUAAUUUAUAACUCAUAAUCAAAGAGUACAACUAGGUGAUACAAAAUUCAUGCUCUAUAAUUAGUAUUUAGUCUUUCCUAGGAUUUGCUAAAAAUGAAACAAAACCUGCAAAUACUUGUUCCUUUUUCGCUUUUGACCUUGUCCUUGGCAGCAUCUUUUUGCACUAAAGACGACAAAUGCGAAGAACCCAUCUCCGAUGCAGCUCGCUACGACAACUAUCGAAUGUUCUAUGUCAACAUUGACACUCUCAAACAUGUGGAGAUUUUGCAAAACUUCGAAGAUGUGACCGAUAGCUGCAUAUUCAUGGGACAUGCUAUAAAUCCUGGCCAAAAACUUUCCAUAUUGGUGGCAGCCCACAAAGUCGCUGAUUUUGUUGACCUUCUCAAGACAUACGAGAUGACGUAUAAGAUUCUGACACACAACUUCCAGGAAAAAAUUGAUAAGAACCUUAAAUCAGUCCUUCCCAAAGGAGUUAAGCUUGACAAAUUUGACUGGGCUCAUUUCUUCCACCUGGAGACUAUUUACGAGUGGAUGGAGAAGCUCUCCAACGAGUUUGAGGAGGUAACUGUGUUGGAUAUGGGUAACAGCACUCAAGGGAUUCCGAUUAAAGGAAUAAAGUUGGCCAGAAAUCCUAACAACAAAGCCAUCUUUAUUGAGAGUGGAAUCCAUGCUAGAGAAUGGAUAGCUCCUGCCACAGCUACAUUUAUUAUUAACCAGUUGGUCACUUCGAAAGACCCAGAAGUACAAAAACUUGCAAAUAAUAACAACUGGAUAAUAUUUCCAUCAGUCAACCCCGAUGGCUAUAAAUACUCUUUCGAAAGCGAUCGAAUGUGGAGAAAGAAUCGACAGAUUUUUGGUGUCUGUCGGGGAGUAGACCUUAACCGAAACUAUCCAUUCCAUUGGAACGAGACUGGAUCAAGUUCGAACCCAUGUCGAUAUGAUUUCUCUGGUCCAUCUGCUGCGAGUGAAAUCGAAACGCAGAGGUUAAUUCAGUUUGUAAAGGAAAAUGCCCCAACGGAAAACAUCAAGACUUACCUAGCCUUGCAUUCAUACUCCCAGUUGAUAAUGUUUCCCUAUGGAUUCACACCCGAACGAGUAAGCAACUAUGAUGAUCUCAAAGCAAUCGGUGAAAAGGCAGCUGAAGCAAUUAAGCAAACCCAUGGACAAAUUUACAAAAGUGGAAGUCUCUAUGAGACUAUUUAUCCAUCGAGUGGUGGUAGCAAGGAUUGGGCUCAUGCUAUGAUGGAUAUUCCCAUUACAUUUACAUUUGAAUUACGUGGACCACCUGAUAGUUCGGAUAUGUUUAUCUUACCCGCCGAACAAAUUCUACCAACGGCUGAGGAGGCAUUUGCUGCUAUUGGAACAAUAGUAAAUGAAGCAGCUGCAAGAGGUUACUACAAAUAGGUAGGUAUUUGGGAACCAUUUUUUAUGUUUUUCUUUGAAAAGAUAAUAAAUAUUGAUUGUGAUUGAA